CUUUUUAUGGCUAACAUACCCUAGUAAUAAUAUUCAACACCAUCAAAUUUACCUUCAUAUAAUCGAGAUCAAUCAACUUACUAAUAACCUACAUUAGGAUAAUAAUAAGUUCCUUAGGGUAAUUAUUAAGGUUAACCAUCUGGAGAGAAAGGAUUACAAUACUUGCCUUAGUAAGCAGUUGGUCAACCUUAAAAUGUAUAAACAUAAUAAUUAUAUGGACUACCAUAAUAAGGGUUAAUCGGAUAACCACAAACAGGAUUGAUAGGACAACCAUAAUUAGGAAUGGUUGGAUAGCCUCAAAUAGGAUUGGUUGGAUAAUAAUAAGCAAUUCAGCAACCUUUAUUUGGAUAAUCAUAAAUUUAACAACUUUAAUAAUAAACAGUUGAAACUUAAUAGGGUCAAGUAGUAAAGGGAUAAUCAAGAAUUGAAUAUAUUCCAUAUGAGAGAACAGUAACUGAGUAUGAAGNUGUAACUCCAAAUUAGAAUUGUAAGAAUCAUUAGAAUAAUAAGAAAAUUAUGAUCUUAUUUUUGAGGUGA